AUGACGCUGACCCAAUACGGCAUCAAAUAUGCCGUACACAUCAUCACCUCCAACUUCGGAAAUCUCGUCGCUAAAGUGUGUGAAAGUCUACUAAGAAGAGGACACUUAAGCCUGAAACAGCUAAUUGGGUUCACAGAGUUGACCCCUCAGCAAGUCAAGAACUCUCUCCUCAUUCUAAUCCAACACAAUUGCGUUCAACCCUUCUCCUUCGACCAAUCCGAGGGCCCAAAAGUCACUCAGUAUAUAGCGCUCUUCGAUAAUAUAAUCCACCGGGGGAGGUUUGCCAAAUUUCUUGCUGUUGUAUCCCAGGAACUCGAUACAGACGGUGAACUAAUUCUCAGGGAUUUGCUUGAGAAUGGUAGGCUUACACUUAAACAAAUAAUUGAAGGAGCUGAAUCAAGUAAAAGUCAAGGAGAUUCUGCAGGUAAGGAUUCUGUCCAGGAAAGCUUUCUUAAACUUGUGAACGCCCAUUUUGUUGAACGCUGCCCGGCUCCAGAACCAGUUCUUGAACAAGCUACUAAACAAGAAGGUCCUGCAAAGAAGCGAGGUGCUAAGUCUGCUAAGAUGGUUGAAGUACCCGAGACCAUUGAACAGCGUGUUAUAGCAGCAGCAGCGCCUCCGGAAGCCAUAAGAUUUUCAAUUAUGAUAGAUUCUGAAGCUGAUGCUCGUGGAGGAAAAAGUGAUAAUAUGAGUGUUGGGGAGAAGCGAAAGCAUGCUACUUUGGAAUUCGAUGCAGAAUUUGGGUCGAAUGAUGAAGUGGUUCUUUGGCGUGCCAAUUUUGAGGAAUUCAUUCGAUGUCUAAGGCAUAAGGCUUGCGUUGAGAAUGUGAGAGCACGACUGGAUGAUGAAGCUGCAGUUGUCUUAAGAGCAAUGCUUAAGGCAACUAGAACUGCAGAGAAGAAAGUUAAAACAGAAAAUUCAGUUCCUUUAUCACUUAAUACCAUUUAUGAAGAGGUAAUAAACAGUGAAGCCGGUCGUAGUUUGACUGUGGGUCGUGUCAGAGAUUUGCUCAGCGUGCUCUGUGAUUCAAGCCAAGAAAGAGAUGUAGACGAGGACGAGUCAUAUAGUGCUGACAGAUGUCUAAGUACAUUUCCUUUUCUGCAGGUGGAGUCAAUUGUUUUGAAAAGAUAUGGGAAAGAUGCUUAUACAAUGUUUAGAAUACUGUCACUUGCCGGUCGUCCAAUUGAGACGGAUAAGAUUUCAGAUAUGUCACAGUUAUCACUUGUUGAAAAGAACGAAACUCCCAAGAUUCUCUAUAACCUGUGGAAGGAUGAUUACUUGCAUAUGGAGAGAUUAGUUGUAACAGGAGCUAGACAGUCACAGUUCUUGGUGUGGAGAGUAGAUAAACCCAUAAUUUGGAAACAUGUUUUGGAUGAGAUGUUCCACACUGCCUUGAAUUUAAGUCUUCGACUGGCUUGUGAGGAGGAACGAUUCAAGGAGAUUACCGAUCUCCCAGCACACAAACUUCUCGGGGAAAUGGCGAAGCAAUGGCAACUAUACAGAAAUGUCAUUUUAGUUUUGCAAGCAUCCCUUUUGAAGCUUGAUGAUGCUCUCAUGCUCUUCCAUGACUUUUGA